AUGGCCAUCGUUGCCGAAGACACUCAAGGCUCUUCUGUUCCUGAAAGUGAAGUCGCGGGUUCUCACAAAUCUGCGGCUUCGCAUGAAAAAGAAGCUGAGUCUGAAGCCACGGCUCGCAAGAAAGCUGAGCUUGCCGCUAGCGAAGCUAGAGCUGAAGCUGAUGAUGCCAAAGCAAAGGCCGCUAGUGUCGAGGAAUUGCAGCAAAAACUCAAAGAUGCUGAAUCUGCCUUGCUCGAGCAAAAAUCUGCACAGUUAAUAUUUGAUAACUACUCGACUCCUCCUUGCUCUGCCGCUGCUUCACCUGCAUCUUCCUUCUCGAAGAAAAUAUUAGUCGACCCUGGUCUCCUCAAGAGUUCAUCAAGUGGACGUUUGUCGGAAGAUUUACAAGAACUUCGACAGCAACUUCAGUCUAUGAAGAAACAAAAUUUGGCCGUGAUGGAACAAUCUCGAAAAGCCUCUGAAGGAGAAAGACUUGCUCUUCGGCAAGCUGAAGAAGCUGUGGCUGCUAGGGAUGCUGCUGUACUGGAAGCAAAGGGAGCCACAACCCGAGAGGAUAGUAUGCUUGAGCUGAUGCUAGAGGCUAGCUCAGAUAUGCUAGGCUCAGUUCUUGAUUCUGCUGCCGAAGAUCAGAGAGUGAAUGAGAGGACAAAUCUUCUUGUUGAUCUCUCCCUUAAUCACGGGACUUUAUUGUAUAUUGCUGAGGUCCUCUAUGUUGUUGAAGCCCCCGAGCCUGACUAG